GCGAAAGUGGCUAGUAUCAGGGACUGGCCACGACCUCAAACUGUCACUGAGGUCAGAUCUUUCUUAGGUAUGUGCGGCUACUAUAGGAACUUCGUGAAGAACUAUUCCACAGUCGCCUCUCCUUUGACUGAUCUAACUCGACUUGACACACCGUGGGACUGGAGUGAUGAGUGCGAGGCUGCUUUCAAUGGAUUGAAGCAUGCACUCAUGAAUCAUGAGGUUCUCAUGGUGCCCGAUCCUCAGAAGCCUUUCAUUGUGACCACUGACGCAAGCCAAUAUGGCAUUGGCGCAGUGCUGGCUCAGCAGGAUGGGAAGAAGUUGAGACCGAUUGAGUACAUGAGCAAGAAAAUGCCAUCAAAGAAACUAGCAAAGUCCACCUACGAAAGGGAACUCUAUGCUCUCUACAAGGCGCUUGUCAAUUGGAGGCACUUUCUAUUGGGACGGUUCUUCUAUUUGAGAACUGACCAUCAGACCCUUAAAUGGAUCAAGACUCAACCGUCUCUUUCUGAUGCACUCAAGCGCUGGAUUGAGGUCAUAGAUCAGUAUGACUUCAAGCUAGAGUAUUUGAAGGGAGAGUAUAACAAGGUUGCAGAUGCGCUGUCACGAGAUAAGGAGGCGGUUCUUGACACUUGGUUGAGAAUGGUUCCAGUAUGGGUCAGGGCGAAGAGGACGUUGGAAGAGGAGGAGGUGUUAACUGCUGCAUCCUACUUAGAGGGUUCAACAACUCGCUGGCUUAAUGGAUUGGUGGCUUCCAAGGGAUUCAACAAGAACAUGGGUGAUUGGGCCGAGACCCACACUCUAGAGAGCUUUAUGUACUUGGUAGAGGCGCGGUGGCACAACCCUCAGCAGGCGCAGAUAGCCACUGAAGGGUUAUUGAAACUUGAUGCUAGGAAGUACAAGUCGGUGUACGAACUCAUCACGACCGUAGAGCGUUUAAUUGUCGUCCCAGGCGUGGAGUAUAAUCCACAAGUCUUGCUGACCAUGUUCUUGAGGUCUCUUCCCACAAACAUCAAUAACUUGUUAGCCAGUGAGGCUAGGUUAGAGUAUCGCACUCUUGAGACCUUCAGAAAGAAGGCCUUAGAUUUAGAGGCUACGCUGGGUGGUGCUCAAACCCCCCCUACGGAUGGGAGAAGCCUUAGAGGACCUUCAAGCGGUCUGAGUGGUAUGAUCUUCAAGAUUCCUGACUUGAACAAGGGCAACGCGGAUGCCCAGGCUCGCUGCAAGGAAGCCGAGGAUCUGCUGCAGCGGCAUGAAGCCAACAGCAUCGAGAGACUCAAGUUCUGGCACUUUGAACCGAACGGCGACGAGGCAACACCGGAAGAGCAGCAUAAGGAGUUCAUGGCUAAGCUAGUGACCAGGUUGGUUUACACGUGUAACCACCUACAGUCCGAGCUGGCGAACCUCCAGCGGGCAGUGUGGAACCAUAAGACUCAGCACGAGGAUGCCACACGGGCACUGGACGCCCGUGUACAGGACUUGGAACAAGUUCUGCCAAGACCAGAUACUGGGGCUUCCAGCAGUGCAUCCUCUAGCCGCCAACUGGAGGAACGCGUUGACCACGUAGUGGCAAUGCUCGGCGACAUCAGCACCUUCGCUGCGCCGGCCACCAUCAGCAGUCAGCUGCAUACCUUGAAGACCGAGUUCCAGCAGCUGCAGUCGACGAACACGGAUGGCAAUCCUAAGUUGUACAAGAUGCCAACUUUCCAACUGGACAAGUUCGACGACUACACGCAGCAGGAUCCGGUCCUCUGGUGGGAAGCAUUCACGACGCAACUUCGGAUUCUGCCUGUCGCUAAGCAUGCGUACAUCGGCGCCCUGUUCUUGAACUCAAAGGGCGGAUGCCAGAUCUGGUUGAACCACCUGGCAAGCUCUCACGGCGUCGACGUACCGGACUUGAAGGACAAGAUCACAUGGGAGGAACUGACACGGCUGUGGAAGAAGCGGUUCAUCGUCGACGACGCGCCAACAUUCACCAUCAACCGUCUGUUCACCAUGUCACAGGGCAACACCGCAACACGGGAUUGGCUCAUGGAGUGGCAAGAGAUUGCGGCAGUGCCCAAUCUGGACUUGUCAUUCACGCAUUUACGUCGUGAGUUCUACAACAGGUCCUGGGCUGCAUUGAGCCAGGCUCUUGGUGAUCGCGAGCAGUACUCAACCUUCGCUGAGAUCAUUGACAAGGGGAGGGAAAUCAUCAAGACCAACAGAUCAGCUGCACACGAGAAGUCGACAUGGCAGCCGACCUAUGUGGAGAAGGUACGAACUGGUCCGCGACAGCAGCACUUCGCUGCAGUCCAGUCGAACAGUGGAGAUAACCCAGUGGCCACUCCAGCAUCAGCUGACGGAGAUCAGGUGGCUGCUGUCCAGCCGCGAAGCAACAACAAGUCCCGCAACAAUGGGAAGGCGAAAUCCGCAUCGCAGGCCGGAAAUGGACAGCCAGUACAAGUUCCAUGGGUCAAGUUCGGCUUGACCGAGGCGGAGUACAAGACGCAAUAUGGGCAUUUCGAAUGGCUGGUUAUGCCAUUUGGCCUUACGAAUGCGCUGGGCACUUUCGAAGCGGCUAUGACAACGGAGUUCCGACACAUGCUGGAUCGAUACGUACUUAUCUACCUCGACGACAUCCUGGUGUACAGCCGGAGUUUGGAGGAGCAUGUGGAACACCUGCGCACCGUUUUGGAGCGGCUACGACAAGCCAAGUACAAGGCCAACCACGACAAGUGCGAAUUUGCACGACAGGAGCUGGAGUACUUGGGACAUUAUGUGACGCCGCAAGGCAUCCGUCCGCUUGUGGACAAGAUCGGGGCCCUACGAGAAUGGCCCGAGCCCACCAACACCACGGACGUUCGUUCAUUSAUGGGGUUGGCGGGCUACUAUCAGCGAUACAUCACCGGAUACUCACGGAUUGCUGCACCUAUGACGCCACUACAAUCGCCAAAGGUGCCAUUCGUGUUCGAUGACGACGCAUGCCUGUCAUUCCAAGCACUUAAGACGGCCAUGCUCAUGGCACCCGUCCUYRGCAUCUAUGACCCCACCCUGCCGACGAGAGUGACUACGGACGCUUCCGGCUAYGGCAUUGGGGCAGUCUUGGAACAACACGACGGCGACGACUGGCACCCUGUGGAGGAGUUGCUCGCAUUUGUCAUGGCUCUCAAGCGAUGGCGGCACUUUCUCCUUGGGCGUCGUAGGUUCACAUGGCUUACGGACAACAAUCCAUUGACUUACUACAAGACGCAGGAUACGGUGAGCAGCACGAUCGGACGAUGGAUGUACUUCAUCGACCAGUUUGACUUCACAUUGAAACAUCUCCCCGGCCUCUCAAAUCGCGCAGCAGAUGCACUCUCGCGAAGACCUGAUCUUUGCGCUAUGACACAUCAUGCCUUCGCAUUCGACGAGGAGCUUCAGCGACAUUUCAUCCGGGCAUAUGAGUCUGAUCCGGACUUCGCCACGCUGUAUGCACAACUAUCUUCGGAUCACCCGCCGGCCAGCCACUAUCGCAUUGUUGACGGGUACUUGCUCCUCCACUCGAGAGGCAAGGACUUACUAUGUGUCCCACACGACCGACGACUUCGGACUCGCCUCCUCGGCGAGUAUCACGAUUCACGACUCGCCGGCCAUUUCGGAGUCAACCGCACUAUUGCACGGCUUCGACAGCGAUUCCGAUUGCCCGAUCUCAUUACCGAUGUCACUCAGUAUUGCGACUCUUGCGAAGUUUGCCGACGCAUCAAGCCCCGCAACCGCAAUCCCUACGGCGAGUUACGCCUGAUGCCUAUCCACGGGACUCUGGUCUCUCCAUUGCCAUGGACGUCACCGGUCCGUUUCCCCGCGACCGGCUUGGGCACGACGGCAUCCUCACGGUGGUGGACUGAUUGGACCGCGGGCGAUGAGCCCGAUGGCCCUUCAUUUGUGAUCAACAUUCCAGAGCAUCUGACGGUCCAUCCGGUCUUCCACGCCUCGAAGAUGGCAACAUACACGCCAACCAAGAGCGACGACUUUCCGGGUCGACGAUCGCAGGACCCUCCUUCUAUGGAUGGUCAUCAGGAAGUUGACCGCAUCAUCAUUGAUCGCAAGUAUGGCAUCAAGCCGCUGCAGUACAAAGUCACAUUCAAAGCAUGCGACCUCGACGACACUCGGUGGAUUUCAGGCGCAUAUUUGAAAGCAUCCGCACCGCUGAUCUACGCGCAUUAUGAAAAGCGGAGGUUAGCUCAGGAAGCUUCACGACCAGCCCCUCCGACCCGGACGGUGGUCCCUCCCUCAGACAGACAGCUUCGCCCUCGCAGGUCGUUUGUUGUAACCACUGGCGCAAGCCAAUACGACAUUGGCGCAGUGCUGGCUCAUCAGGAAGGGAAGAAGUUGAGACCGGUCGAGUAUAUGAGCAAAAAGAUGCCAUCAAAGAAGUUGGCAAAGUCCACCUACGAGAGGGAACUCUAUGCCCUCUACAAGGCACUUGUCCACUGGAGGCAUUAUCUGUUAGGAAGGUUCUUCUAUUUGAAAACUGACCAUCAGACCCUCAAGUGGAUCAAGACACAACCAGUUCUCCCCGAUGCACUCAAACGCUGGAUUGAAGUCAUAGAUCAAUAUGAUUUUAAACUAGACUAUGUGAAAGGAGAGUACAACAAGGUUGCGGAUGCAUUGUCUCGGAGGGCAGAUUCCCUAGGUGCGCUGAUUUCCGAGUUUGGCCUGUCUGAGAACGUUAUUCGAUCCUUGGGGGAAGCCUACAAGGAAGAUCCCAUCACGAUGGACAUCAUCAACAAACUGAAGGCCAAAGACAAGGCCACCACUGAUGAGUUUGUGAUGGCGGAUGGGUUAUGCUUUCUUAAGAAGGAAGGGUUGAAGAGGACUGGACACGUCAUCAAGUUUUUCAUGGAUAAUUGGAUGCGUGACCUUGGACUACCAAAGUCGAUCGUUAGUGAUAGAGAUGUGCGUUUCACAAGCGAGAUGUGGAAGAAGGCCGCUGAACAGAUGGGCAGCCAGCUCCAAAUGACUUUUGGGAAUCAUCCCGAAGCCAAUGGGCAGGCUGAACAAGUGAACCGGGUGGUGCAGCAUCUGCUGAGGCAUUAUAGUAAGUCCAGCCAGGAUGAUUGGGAUGAGAAAUUGCCUCUCAUCGCCAGUCUGUACAACAACGUUGUACACAGCACCACCGGGGUCACCCCGAAGCAGCUACAUCUAGGGUGGAAGCCUAGAUCUGCACUAGACUUCCUGAACCGACCUGCUGCAAUUCCUGAAACCAUCGAGUUUGGUGUCCAGUACGAGAAGUUGUUGCAGCAAGCUGUCGAGAACAUCAAGAAGUCUCAGGAAGCAAUGAUUGCUUUUGAGAACAAGCAUCGCCGACAGUCCACAUUUCAGGUAGGGGAACGUGUUUGGGUUAAGGCUAGUGAACUGGGACAGGAGUUCGGCAUCUCUAGGAAACUAAUGCCUCAGUACUUCGGUCCCUGGGAAGUCCUGGAUGUUGCGGGUAGUGAGAUGGAUGGUCCCUCGUACGUUAUUCGAAUCCCUGGUCACUUACGCACUCACCCUGUGUUUCAUGCCUCAAAGCUUGCUCCUUUCGCUGAGACAGAACAAUUCCCAUCAAGGAGACCAAUGCUGCCCCCAACAAUGGAUGGCCACGCGGACGUCGACGAUAUCCUGGAGCACAGAGACACGCCUGUAUCCCAAGCCAGCUGGCAGGGGUAGACCGCCUAAACCUGCAAGGGAAUACAGAUCAUUCUCUCAAUGAAGCAUUGGCUCUCUGUGGAGUUCUAUGGUGUGCAUAAAGUAACGCAUGAUUUUGUACAGAUUUCCAAGGAAUCCUUCAAGUCCCGGUAGCCCUUCUGCUUGCGGGAGCUUGUGCUGACGUAUUUCUUCAUAGCGCUCACCGAUAUGGAUUCGGACAUGGUGUUCAUUGCGAUCGU